CUUUAUAAUAUGAAAAGCAAUCAUCAUCGAAGAACAAAAUCGAGUGGAAACUACUUUCCCAUUUAAUCUGAAUUUCUUGUUUAAGAUGAUGAUGAUGACACCAAUGAAACGAGAGCUAUUAUUAAAAAAAUAUAACAAUAACCUAUUCUGCAUCAUUAGAUUGUUGAAAAACUUGAUGAUUAAAAUUAUGGAUUGUUCAAUACUAUGUUUAAUUUUGGUCAAAUGAAAUAUAAACCAAAACAAUCUUUAGACUUGAGCACAAUUACAGAGUGCAGUUGUAAUGAAUUCAGUUAUUCUUAGCUACACCCUCAGCUAAAGAUGCUUAACCUAAACAUAGAAAAUGUGGAAGCCAAUAACAAUAAGUGAACAAAUAACCUAUACGUCAUAAUCAUAGCUAAAGUCUCUAAAUCCAUCGACUUGAAUAAGAAUUGGAGUAAAUGAAGGCAUAGCAGGCUGAAAUCUAAAAUGUGAACGUAAUGCUCAUUAUUGAAAUUCAUAAAUCAAGAUAAGAGCUACAAAUAUCCUAAUAAGUAAAUUAUCAUCCUCAUAUAGAAAAAUGAACUAAUCCUUCAAAGAAUCAGAAAACUAGAAAAGAUGUUGAAAGAUGAUUAAAAAUUAUCAUGUACAACUAACGACAGUCUUGAAUUUUCCUGAGAAAAAUACUCAUUUUUGUUAA